AUAGGUAAACAAUAAUUCUAGCUAGAACUUAAACUAGAUCAUAUUUGUGCGUCAAAUAGAUUGCACGUGUGUGCGAGUAUUAUGAUAUUCAAAAAGGUUUAUACAAGUUUAAUAAUUCUUGGUUUAGCUGCAGAGGUAUGGUCUCACGUAGAAAUAGAAGCCGAAGAUUAUUUCUUCCCACUUGAACCGGUAAUUAACUUCUGCAAAAUGGCCGACCAGUGUCAACACGAUUUCGUCCCGAUCUGCGGCCAAGACUCCUUGGGUAUCACUAGGAUGUUCAACGACAACUGUGACUUAUACGAAUACAACUGUGAUGAGAAAAAACAAUAUCGACACGUGAAAAUGGAGGUGUGCAAAUACGAAGCGGCUGCGGCUGAAAACUAAGCAUAGCACAGCAUGCAUGUACAGUCAACAGCACAUCAACCUUCCCAAAUGAAUUGCAAAUUCGCCGCUAUUACCGCGCCAUAGAGGUUCAUGCAUGAUUGAUGUGCUGUUCACUGUAUUUAGGGCUUAUUUCACCACUUUCUGAUAAAAUAUCAUCUAGUAAUCCGACAGAGAAACUAGCCGCUAAAUAAAUAUGCCCGAUUUAAUUGGCAAGUUAGCCAACACAUGUGAAACAAUUAUAACUCUAUUCGUUCUAUAUUCUACAUAUAGGUUCUCAGAUAUUUUAUCAGCAAGCUGUGAAAUAGGCCAUUGAUUAUAAGCUUUUCCACUGUACAUAAUUUUCACAUGACAGCCAAAUGUGAUUGAAAAUAUUUCCAUUUUUGUUUCAUUAAAAUUUAAUUUAUAAUUUAA